AGUCAAUAGCUGUGUUAUUGAUCUUGCUUCAAAGACCUACCAAAAUAACCUUAAUGCUCUUGGCAGUGGGGCUAGCAUACAGAAGGCAACAACGAGGUUGUCAACAUUACCUAUAAAUGAGAAGUUCAUAAUACUACGAGCAAAAAGGGUUACUACACCCUUUGGUCCAGCGGUGCUUGUGGAAUUAGAAAGCACAAAAGUCUUUCUUCCUACUCGGUUUUCUAAGAUGAGCGAUGAAGAUUUGGAGUACCUCAACAGUGGAAAAGUUCAUUUAACAUAUACUGGAAGAGUUGAGGAAAAUAAUAUGGACACAGUUAGUUUUUGUGUAGACUAAGAAGAGUGUUUAUAGUGUGUUUUAUAGUGUGUCUUGUAGAGUGUUUUAUAGUGUGACUAAUUACUUUGCGUUUAGAAAGAAGAAAAAUGUCUUUAGAAUUUAAUAAAGUAUGUGCACAUGGGAAUGUGAAGGUUGUAGAUGUCAACAGUUUUGUGGAUGAUGGGUGUGAUAGAAAACUUAAAGAUGAGGAUACACUCAACUUCAGAUUUAGAUUACACAGUGUCAGUAACAAUUUUUUAGAAUAUAAAAGGCUUCUGGAAGAAGUAAUUUUGAAAGAAAUAAAUGACAAGUUCUGUAAAGGUGAGCAUUACUUAGCUUAUCUGAGAUACAGCAAACUCCAGUGUACUUAUGAGACUGAACUUUUCGUAUUCAAUCCAAAAGAACUUGGAGUACACUACUUCAAAGAAUUGUUAUAUAUAUUACAGACAUCUUCGAUAUCAGAUUCUGUGUUCUGUAGAUAUGACCAAUGUGAAGCAGAGUAUCAUUUGAAAACAGAUUUCUCAAACAGAGAAAUCAAGUGUGUAUAUUCAAAUUGUAAGCAAUUACUUCUCGGUACAGAUAGACUGUACAAACUGUGGGGGCAUGGCUACUAGUGCUCUACCGCAAAAGCGAAGAAGUGAGCAAGCAGAUGUAGAAUUAGAAUGGACUGAUAGACAAUCAGCAUUCCGAAAACGUAUUUGUACUGGUGAAAUAUAUAAUCAUAACAUUCAAGACCCACGACUUUUUUUGGAAAGGUGUUUUCCAUUGUUUAAAACAAAUGUUGAAACAAAACAUCAGGCUUUGAAAAUCAAUUGUUCUCUUUUGUGCAUAUUCCUCUCACCAAUAUCUGCUGAGGAAAAGGAAAUUUAUAUUUCUUCUAAAAAUAAAGAGUUUUUUAUUUCUGAUGAUAUAUAUGCAUGGUACACAGAACAUGUUGUGGAGGCAAUCAUGAAAAAAUUUGAUUCAUUUCAAGAGAGAGAUUCAGGUUUAGCAUUAAAGGAAAUUGUAAAGCUUUGUGUAAAUCUUAAUGUAAAUAAAGGCUUUCGAGUUGGGGGGAAUCAUGAAUUGCCUGAUGUAAUUAGAGACAAGAGAGCAGUAGUUAGCAUACAUAGCAGUGAUAAUGAAUGUUUUAAAUGGGCAGUGUUAUGUGCUUUGUAUCCAGUGAAACAGAAUAAAUAUAAGUUGUCUAAUUAUAAAAAAUUUGAAAAUGAACUUAAUUUUACUGGAAUUCCAUUUCCAAUGGAGUUUAAAUAUCUUACUCAAUUCGAGAGGCAGAAUCCAGGUAUAUCAGUUAAUGUCUAUGGAAUUCAGUAUGAUAAUGGUGAUUGGAUGGUUGCAAGGAAAAAUAUUACUCAAAAUAAAGAGUUUAAUUUUGUACCUAUACAUAUAAGCAAACAAAGAUAUAAUAGGCAUGCAAAUCUAUUAGUACUUCAAACUGAUUUUUCUAAUAUUUAUCACUUCUACUGCAUAACCAAUCUAUCUCGUUUGAUGAGAUCUUCACUAACAAGCCAUAAACAAUCGAUUCACUUCUGUGAAAGAUGUUUGUGUUACUUUUACACAGAGGAUAAACUGAAGGUGCAUUUGGAAGAUUGUAUUAAAUUUCAGGCUGUGAGAACAGUAAUGCCAAGUAAAGAAACUAAAACUAUACAAUUUCAAAACUACUGCAAUAAGGAAAAGGUACCAUUUGUUAUUUAUGGUGAUAUUGAAUGUAUGUUACAACCUCUAUCCCUUAAGGAAAAAGAGAUUAAAAGAAAAAUACAAUUGGAGGAAGAAUUGAAGCCAGUUUCUGAUCCUCUGAGAGAACUUGUUUCUAUUAGUAAAAGAGAAAAACUUUCAUAUCCUACAUUUACAGCAUCUCAUUAUAAAGAGGGAGUGAAACCAGAAAAUCUUAUUUCACCCGAUGUUAUAUCAUAUGAUCAAGAGGAAAAAGUGGAAGAUGAUGAGAAACCAGAUAUUCUCACUUCACCUGAUGAGACAUUAGUAUCAUCAAUAUUAAGGCAAAUUCCUCCUAAAGAACGUGAUGAAGUGUAUGGUAUGAGAUAUGAUCUCCGUAAUGGGUGGAUGAUAGGGAAUGAAAAAGCGCACAACCAGUAUGGCCUCAGUAUUGCUGUCAACAAGUACGUCAACAGUCCUUCCAUGAUUGGCCCUCGUAUAUCCCAGUAA